UCGCAAUUCUGUCGUAUCAUCACUGCUGAUGGAUUCUGCUGGGCUGCAAUUGAUUCAACAACAGCUAACCUCCUCAACGACGUCGUCUUUGUCUCCGUCUCCUUCUUCUUCCCAAUCCCAGCCCGAGGUGAAACAAUGGGGUGAGAAAGUAUCAGAAGCAGUAUUAUCUGCAUAUAAUUCUCUUUCCAAAAAGGGCAAGCCUCAGGGUCGCGAAGUCACGGUCUUGGCCGCUUUUCUCAUCUCUUCCCCGCUCAAAGAAUUGGGAGUGGUGGCGCUGGGAACGGGGACCAAGUGUAUAGGGCGGUCUCGGCGGAGUUCAAAAGGUGACGUUGUCAAUGAUUCUCAUGCUGAAGUUAUAGCAAGAAGAGCUCUGUUGAGGUACUUUUAUUCAGAAAUAGAGAGUCUUACUGAGUUGUACAAGAAGUGUAGAGAUAGUAGUGGAAGGAUACCAUUAGAAGGUGAUGACAUUGCGACGCCGCUUUCCUGUGUGGAGAAAAAUGGAUUUAGUCCCAAAAAAUUCAAAAUGAAGCAGGGCUGGAAAUUGCAUUUAUACGUAUCACAAUCACCUUGUGGAGAGGCCUCUGCCAGUUCUGAGACUUCGCAGGAUACUAUUUCAAGUGGAGAGAUUUCAUCAUGCUUUUUUGGAAGAGUUAGUAAUGUAAUAGUGGGAGUGGAUGAACCUAAUGCAGGACAUAAUGGUAAUUUUUCUGAAGUUACAGGCACGGUUCAGAGGAAGCCUGGUCGUGGAGAUGCAACGUUGUCGGUUAGCUGCUCUGAUAAGAUUGCCCGUUGGAAUGUUGUGGGAGUUCAAGGUUCUUUGCUUUCUUACUACAUGGAACCAGUUUAUGUAUCUUCUAUUACCAUUGGCCUAUCCCAUGUAAAUACUGAAAUUUCUGUGAUGGAAGAUAACUUGAGAAGAGCUUUACAUGAAAGGAUCCUGCCAUUGGCCGACAAGUUAAUAGAUCCAUUUCAGGUAAACAAGCCUGUAUUUUGCAUUGCUGGAGUGCCCCCUAGGGAGUUUCAGCAUUCGGAGGCAGCUCUGAGCACUCUAACUUGCGGAUACUCAAUAUGUUGGAAUAGGUCUGGCUUACAUGAAGUCAUACUUGGGACCACUGGAAGAAAGCAGGGCACAUCUGCAAAAGGAGCAAUAUACCCUUCUACAGAGUCCAAUUUAUGCAAGAAGCGCUUGUUGGACUCAUUCUUGUCCCUAGCAGAUCAGUGGGCUGCUGAAUAUGCAGUCAAUAAGAAAUCCUAUCGAGAACUCAAGGAUAGAGCUUCUGACUACAGUUUCACUUCGAAGAUUUUUAAAGGAAGCCCCUAUUUUUCAAACUGGUCUGUUAAACCUCGGGAGUUUGAGUCCUUCAUAGUGCAGGAUAACGAGGGACCUACUAGUGAAGGAAAAAGUGGAAUGGUGAAGAAGAAAAACUGAGGAUCCCUUGUGGCUCAAUUUUGUGUCAUUCCUUCCAUUUCUUCUGUCCAAAAUUACAUGUGAAUGAUUGAGAGCAAAUUGGAAUAUGAUUUAUCAAUUUUGAACCGUCUCUUCAAUCAUUAAUGCUGUAUUGAGGGGGAACUAAUUAUGGAUGGACUCAUUAUAAUCUGCUAGUCAAUUUCACUAAUAACCGAAGAUUUUUUUUUUUU